AUGAAAUUCUCAGUAGUUGCCGUUGUUUUAUCUUUAUUGGCAGCAACAUCGUUUGCUGAUGCCAACCAAGAGAAACGUGAUGCAGAACCUUAUUACUACUAUAAACGUGAUGCCGAACCAUAUUACUACUACAAACGUGAAGCCAACCAAGAGAAGCGUGACGCUGAUGCCGAACCUUACUACUACUACAAACGUGAGGCCAACCGACAGAAGCGUGAUGCUGAUGCCGAACCAUACUACUACUACAAACGUGAGGCCAACCGACAAAAGCGUGACGCCGAUGCCGAACCAUACUACUACUACAAACGUGAAGCCAACCGACAAAAGCGUGACGCCGAUGCCAAACCAUACUACUACUACAAACGUGAGGCCAACUUGGAUAAGCGUGAUGCUAAAGCUAACCAAAGAAAACGUGAUGCCUUCCUAGAAGAAACCCAACCAAGAAAACGUGAUGCCUUCCUAGAAGAAACCCAACCAAGAAAAC